AGAAAAGCCUUCAGGGCUUGUUAUGGGGUUAGCGUGAGACGAACGAGGACUUUUUUCUGCCUUCUUUACCAGUCAAACCAGUAACUCUGGAUCGAGAGCACACAAGAACUUCAGCAGUUUGUACCCUUGUGGUCCCUGAUGGCUUCGCACAGUGAUACUCUGGUGGUGUUCUUUGGGGCAACAGCUGGUGCAAAUGGGGGUAAACUGGGGUCGGAUGAAAGGGAAUUAAUUCUCUUGGUGUGGCAAAUUGUGGAUCUACAUGAGAAUAAGGUGGGCAAACUUCACCGGACUCUAGUACAGCCGGACAGUGUGGACCUGUCGGAGCAGUGCAAGGAGGAGACCGGGCUCACUGCCGAGGAGCUGUGUAAGGCCGAGCCGCUGGAGAGCGUCCUGCAGCAGUUUCACCAGUCCGUGUCAGCUGAACUAAAGUCACUGGGCCGAAGCUCUUACACACUGUGUGUUGACGGGCCACUUCUUAUUCGACAGGUGCUUCACCCUGAGGCUUCUAAAAAGAAUCUAGUCCUGCCAGAGUGCUUCUACACAUUUGUAGACUUGAAGAAAGAGUUUCACAAAUGCUGCCCCAAUGCAGGACCAGUCAAAGACCUCACACUGCCGUCCAUGCUGGACUAUGUGUGCAUUCAAGCCACGGUGGAGCAAGAAGCCGGACUGAGGGAGGUGAAGGACAUGGUUCUGCUAAUACUUCAUGUCCUGGCUGAGCCUUACAAUCACAAAUUCUCUGCCUUUGAGACUGUAAACUACAAGUUUGAAUCUGGAGCGUGUAGUAAGACAGAAGCUGUGGACAGUGAGACGGUCAUCAGAGCUCGUGGGCUGCCAUGGCAGUCGUCUGAUCAGGACAUCGCCCGUUUCUUCAAGGGCCUGAACAUUGCCAAAGGGGGUGUUGCGUUGUGUUUAAAUGCUCAGGGUCGAAGGAAUGGGGAAGCUCUGGUGCGCUUCAUAAACUCUGAGCACAGAGACAUGGCACUAGAUCGGCACAAACACCACAUGGGCAGCAGAUACAUUGAAGUUUAUAAGGCGACCGGGGAGGAAUUCCUGAAGAUUGCAGGAGGCACUUCCAAUGAGGUGGCUCAGUUUCUGUCCAAGGAAAACCAGAUGAUAAUUCGCAUGCGUGGGCUUCCAUUUACUGCUACUCCUCAGGAUGUUCUGGGCUUCCUGGGACCAGAGUGUCCAGUGACUGAUGGGACGGAGGGGCUUCUGUUUGUGAAAUAUCCAGAUGGACGUCCAACAGGCGACGCUUUUGUUCUCUUUGCUUGUGAGGAAUAUGCCCAGAAUGCCCUGAAAAAGCACAAACAGAUCCUGGGCAAGAGAUACAUUGAACUGUUUCGCAGCACUGCAGCAGAGGUCCAACAGGUGUUGAAUCGCUAUAUGUCCACUCCACUGAUCUCCACACUUCCACCUCCUCCUCCUCCAAUGGUGUCUGUGCCAGUGUUGGCCACUCCACCCUUCAUCACCACUGGCAACACACGCGACUGCAUCAGGCUGAGAGGCCUGCCGUACACCGCCGCCAUCGAGGACAUCCUGGAGUUUAUGGGGGAACACACCAUUGACAUCAAACCUCAUGGAGUGCACAUGGUCCUCAACCAGCAGGGUCGACCCUCUGGUGAUGCCUUUAUUCAGAUGAAGUCAGCUGACCGUGCAUUUAUGGUGGCUCAGAAGUGCCACAAAAAGAUGAUGAAGGAUCGUUAUGUGGAGGUUUUCCAGUGCUCCACUGAGGAGAUGAGCUUUGUGCUGAUGGGGGGAACACUGAACCGCAGCGGUCUGUCACCACCUCCAUGCAAACUGCCAUGUCUCUCUCCACCAACAUAUGCUGCGUUUCCUGCGGCUCCAGCUAUGCUUCCCACUGAGGCAGCGCUGUAUCAGCCCCCCCUGCUGGCCACUCCAAGAACUCCACAGGCCCCAACACACAGCCCUGCACCUGCUUUCGCCUACUAUUCUCCACAGCUCUACAUGAACAUGAAUAUGAGCUACACCACCUACUACCCCAGCCCGCCAGUGUCUCCCUCCACUGUGAGUUAUUUUGCAGCGCCACCGGGUUCAGUCGCAGCUGCUGUAGCAGCUCAGCCCACCCCUGCCAUCCUCCCUCCUCAGCCCGGGGCACUGGUGCGCAUGCAGGGCCUGCCGUACAACGCCGGGGUCAAAGACAUCCUCAGCUUCUUUCAGGGAUAUCAGCUCCAGGCGGACUCGGUGCUCGUGCUGUAUAACUGGAGUGGUCAGCGCAGCGGGGAGGCGCUGGUGACCUUCCCCAGUGAGAAAGCAGCAAGACGGGCUGUAGCCGAAUGCUCCAACAUCCCCCUCUCUGGACACCCCAUCCACCUGGCCUGCUGCGAGUGAAGAUGAGUCUCAACCCUUUCUCCCUCAGAAACUGCUGAUCUUGAUAUCCAGUAGUUCAGAAGGAGACCUGAUGCAGAAGCACUGUGUAUAUGUACGUUCAUAUAUACACAAACAAAAGCUAAACAUCUCAGUAGCACUGCCUCACCGCUCCUCUCUCUGUGUGUCUGUGAGGGACAAUUCCAUGCUCAACUCUCUCUGGUAAUGUCAAGAUCUUUUCUGCUAGCCUGUAACCCUCGCAAGCCAUUGUUUUGUGGAAUAAGAGGUUUUCUUGUUGGUAAGACAGUCGGGCUUGACUGCAGUCUUUGCCGUGCACUAGGAAACCAAACCGCAAUGCAAUACAUUGUUUUUUUUGCCGUUACGGAUAAAGGAAUGUUGUGAGAUUGUAAAAAGCCAAAUAUAUUGUUGAUCGGACUGUUAUGCUGCACAUACAGUAGGAUUUCAAAAGGUGUGAUGUUUUUUUUCCCCCAGUGUACUGCUGAACAUAUGCCUUAUUUAAUAGAGAUCAGACCAAGUAUGUACUUCGUAGACUUGCAUGAACUGAUUUUUUUAGUUUAAUCCAUUCGGGGAGGGGGGCGAAGUGAAAUAUUUUUAUUUAAAGCAAAAGAUGAGUUGUUCGUGUGACCGCCGUGCUUUAACGCUCAUUCUUUAGAGGAACGUAAGAGGUGUGUGUUUUGUUGCUUCAGUCUGACCCAUCAGUUUAUGUGAAGACUGAACGGCGCUGUGCUCUUACCUUGUUUUGGACUUUGCAAAGAUUUUGGAUAUGUGGUCUACAUCACUUCUUUUAUUGAUGACAGACUGAUUAAAUCAUGAGCUUUAUUAUUAAUAUUAUUAUUGUUUUUUUUUUUUUUCUUUGUGACUACAUUUACCUGGAGUGCAAUACAGGCUGAACAAAAUAUCACACCUCUCUAGUGAAAGAAGGGACAUUUUGUUUCCCUGCUAUGUAUGAAAUGUGUAUGAAUGUGUAAAUGUGACUCUUAUAUGCAACAAAUAAAUUGAUUUUGCUCUGACAACAGCA